CCUCUCUGCAUCGCCGUCCGACCGUCCGUCCACCAAACUCGGGUCUCGUCUCGCUGUCCGCGUCUCCUUUUCAACGUCCGCCCUGUUUCGCGCAAAGCUUUUCAGCGACCUUCCUCUCCCAAUCAUCAUCAUCAUCAUCAUCAUCAUCAUCGAGAGAGAGAGAGAGAGAGGAUGGGGGUGUCUGCGAAGAUAGCGCCGUCGAUGCUGUCCUCGGACUUCGCCAAUCUGGCCUCGGAAGCCCGGCGCAUGCUCGAUUGCGGCGCCGAUUGGCUUCACAUGGACAUCAUGGAUGGGCAUUUUGUCCCUAAUCUAACUAUGGGAGCUCCAGUCAUCAAGAGUUUGAGAAAGCACACCAAUGCUUAUUUGGAUUGCCAUCUUAUGGUCACCAAUCCUCUUGAUUAUGUUGAACCUUUGGGGGACGCCGGUGCUUCAGGCUUUACAUUUCAUGUUGAGGUGUCAAGAGAAAACUGGCCAGAACUUGUGAAGAAAAUCAAGUCAAAAGGCAUGAGGCCUGGUGUGUCUUUAAGACCUGGCACCCCUAUCGAAGAGGUUUACCCCCUGGUCGAAGGUGAAAAUCCUGUGGAGAUGGUCCUUGUCAUGACUGUAGAACCUGGGUUUGGUGGGCAAAAGUUCAUGCCAGAAAUGAUGGAAAAGGUUCGCGUGCUGAGAGCUAAAUACCCAUCACUUGACAUAGAGGUUGAUGGCGGUUUGGGACCUUCUACCAUUGAUAUGGCAGCUUCUGCGGGGGCAAACUGCAUUGUUGCUGGAAGUUCGGUGUUUGGAUCACCAGAGCCAGCACAGGUUAUACUUCAUAUGAGGAAGAGUGUCGAGGAUGUGCAGAAUAGCAAUUGAUACUGGGUCAGGCAAGAUAAAUCACUUUUUUUUUUUUUUUAAUUUCUAGAUGUAACAUGUACCACUAAUAAUAUGGUUCAAUUUAAGUGUAACAGUUGUGCACUUGCCAUCUCUGUAAUGACAUAAUAAAUAAAGCCUAAAGAUGAUAUUUUUAUGACAAAACAUGAGAGCUAUUUGAGAUUAUGUAUACA